AUGAAUGAAUUGGUGAAUUCGGAAAAGGUGCUGAAGGCGAGAGUGAUUGAAAAGUGUAACGAAAACUUUAUAAAAAUAAAAGGAGAUUACAGAAAAUUUUCAGAAGUUUCAAGUUACGUAAAGAGUCCUUCCGUGGUCGAUUUGGUAAAAAACAGUGAAAAUUUGGACCGCAGAGACUUCAUUUCACACCUAUCGAGGUCGUUGGCAUCUUUGGACAAACCAGAAGAAGAACUUCCAAACAUAAAUGGAGGCAGAGAAGAAAGAUUAGAGUCUUUAGAGAUUUUGGAGCUAAUAAGAAAUCGCAACCACAAAAUAGUAGAAUCAACUAUAUACACAUGUACCAUAGACAAGGAUUGCGGAGGGAACACAGAUUUUAAAAACUACGAGGACGGCUACUAUAAGCUCGAGAGACACCUGUCACAAGAUAGCACGAAUGAGCUCUUUGACCUGAGGGAAAACUACACGUCGGUAGUGGACAACUACUGGAAGUCAGUGAAGACGAACCCGAAGGAGGAGCUGUCGAUACUGAAGGACAUACAGUCGGAAGUGUCGAAGGUGUCGACCCAGGACUCGGAAGACGACAUCACAGUCAAGAGCCUGUUCCUGUCAAAGCUGACAGGAGCGGGUCUUAAGUGCGCGUCGAGUCGAGACUACUUUAAGGACUACUACAACUUUAACAAUAAGAAGAGGCAGUCGCUAAACUUUGACAUAGAAAAGCAGCUGAGGCAAGUGUACAUAAGUCCAAAAGAGAGUGAGUCGAAGGAGUUCGGAUGGCUGGCAAAAGGAGCGACUAACGACCUGAUACUGGAGAAAAACGGAUCGGGAGUGGCUGAGUACAUGGUGGUGUUCGAGGGCAAGGACAGAAUGGAAGUGUACAGGUGUGAGACGCUGCACCCACAAGUAACAUCGCAGAAACACGUAGAAAAGGGCACAAUGAGCAAGUUCCUGGGAGACGAAGUGGUGAGGCAGAACCUGAGAGAUAAGCUGAUGCUGAAGCUGAAAAGGCACCAAAACGCCAAGGGCCUGAACGCGAAAGACGUGAAAAGCUCGAACAUAAUAAACAAGUUUAUAACAUCGGCCACGCUGGGGUGCCUGUGGAAAGACUGGAACUACUACGGAGGCAUAAUAGUGCCGGAAGUGAGCAUCCAGGAGAUACUGAGGGAGCCGCAGGCGUUUUUGGACUCAAUGGACGACGACCUGGCGGCAUCGACGAGAGCGUUUCUGGAGAAGCUGGACUCAAGCGUGAACAACAUGGACACGUUCGAAAACAUAUGCGCGACCGUGAGGGAGCUGGUGCUGAGUUAUAGGAGCCUUAUCAUGGGCAAGUUCAACGAGGACUACCAGGCGAUAAAAAACAAGUCCUUCCUAGAUCUGAAGACGAGGCCGCAGCAGUCAGACUUGACGCUGGCGUCGCCUUCGAGACUCGAGUCGUCGCAACUGGAAGAAGAUACGCCCUCACAGGACGCAGAUUUGCACGAACAGAGGCUGCAGAUGCUGCCCCAAUUUAACAGGAACGCAAAGUCGCCGGAAGAACUGACGAGUUUGAGUCAACUGGCGGCAGUGUUCACGACUGACUUCGACCCGGACCCGUUUGUGAGCUUGAUGAACCUGGCGAAAGUGAAGAGCGUGUCAAAGACAGUGCUGAACGCGUCAAAAGCAAUGAAGGCGAAGGGGAAGAACGAAUGUCUGGAUGACACAAAGCUAGUGCUGAGUUCGCUGAAGAUACUGGACGUCCUGGUCUUUCUCCUCCAGAAGUUGUCAAAGUCGUUCAACAGCCCCAAGGAGUUGCAGUCGUUUAUUUCAGCCUCAAAGUAUAAGGUGGACGCCGGCUUCGUCAACGUGCUGUUUCACCUCUUUUACGAAAAGAGCCACGACACGCACUCGAUAAAGGUGCUGGGAUCGAAGAGGCUGAUGUGCUACACAAUAUGGCUCUGCAUUUACCUGUCGCCCAAGUUCACCUUCGACUUCUCGCCGCUGAUCAACAUUGACCUCAAGAACAUUUCAAACGCAAUGCUGUUCAGCUCGUGCGUGGACCUGACGUCAAUAGCAGUGGCGGGAAGAACGAACAAGAACCUGUACAAGCUGAAGACGCCGCUCUCCUCAGGGUCGAAGAAAAUUAACAUCGGGAGUCUGAUUUUACACAAGAAUAAAAGAUUCAGAGCCAGGUGA